UCUCGCCCCCUCCCCUCAGCCGCUCCGGCACGCGCCGCCGGCUCGCGCCGCCGACGUUCUUGGGUAGGGCGAGAAGCUCGCGGAUGCAGGUGAUCAGCGCCGCGAGGAAGAUGCCUGGUCCCGUGGCCCGGGCGCCGGCGAGGAAGCGUGGGGAGUCGCGCGGCAUGGCUGACCGCCGCCAUGUCGCCCGCGACGGGCUGAGCGCGAACACGAAGAUGACGGCCUUCGCUUCAGCCGAGAUUUCCAUCCAAGAUCCGCAGCUGGUCCUCAGGAAGAGGCUGCGCGCGGAGAUGGAGGCGCUCCGCGGCCUCCUCAGGAAGGCAGAGCUACUGUCCGGCAAGAAGUCCGUCGCCAAGAGCCGCGCUCCACCUCGCUGCGGCAAAGACGGCCGGUUCUUGGCGGCGGAAGACGAGGCUACGGAGGCGGAGAUGACAACAUGUGCCAAGAGGAGGAAGGCGGUGCCUGUCGCGAAGGUCGCCGAACCCAGGAUGUCAGCGGAAGAGAUCUCCAGCCUAACCGCCCGGGUCGCGUCUCUCUCGGAGAACAUGCCGGCUCACAUCCUCGAGUUCCUGAGGAAGGAGUGCACCGGUCGCGAAGACAGGAGCAGCGGCGAGAUCGAGAUCGAUCUCGGAUCCAUGAAGCACUCUGCCUUGUUCAAGCUGCGAAAGUUGCUUGACGAGUUCGCUGAAGAAGAGAAGCGUCGGGACCAGACGGAUGCGGCGAGCGUGUCAGGGCGCACUGGGCCGUCGCCGCUGGAUGAACAAGAAGACGGCGAGAUCGUGGAGGAGGAUGACGCCAUCGUUGCUGAUAUAUGCGGCGACGCCUCUCCCUCGGCAGCACAAAAGGUUCUUCGCUCGCCACCGCGUUUACUCGUCGUGGACGGUGAAGUAGAGGAGACAGAGGACAUGCUGAUCGAUGUGUGCGGCGGCGGCGCCGCCUCCGCUCUGGCAACCAAGACGUUUGAUGAAGCAGGGAACAACCAAGACAGCGGCGGUAGCAGUUGCAGCAGCUCUUCUGGAUCCUCCAGCGAUUCAUCAUGUUCUGACAGCAGCAGCGACUCCGGCGCAGACGACGCGAGAGUGACAAGCUGCCCGGUUCCAUCUGACCAUCUCCAUGUUUGCUUGCUUGAAGACGGAGAGAUGGAGGAAUGCGGCGGCGCCUCCCCUGUCGCGGCGGCCAAGUCCGCCGACACCGCGGACAGUCGAACUUGUGGCAGCUCAUGCCUUGAACAGCCCAAGGCGCUGGUGAUUGCACACGAUCAGGGCGCGUAUCGCGGUCUCAUCGCCAAGGCUUGUCAGAAGCAGCGCAGGAUGCGCAAUCCGGAGAGGCAGAGAGCCUAUCAAGAGCUGGAAGAGAUGGAGAGGGAUGCGGCGCCGAUCAGCGACUGGAUACACCCGACGCACUUGGCGCAGCUGGGGAUCACCCCGGCGGAGUACGCCGUGACCUCUGAGCGGGGUGUUCCUGGUCGUGGCUGCCCGGUGCAGAGGCUGCUUGGGCUCUUCGUGAAGAAAGUAGAGUAGCAGGCCAUGGUGGUGAGGAAGAUGUCAAAGGGAGCAAGACAAGUUACUCAAGACGUAACAUGAUGUGUUGACGUGUUAUUCAUGUAACUCGAAUGUACUUCCUGACUUCCUGUUGGACAGGAUCAUGUACUCGUGAUGUUUUAUGUUGCUCAGAGCCUAGCAAAGCUUGUCCGGUGUUGAUCUGUCUA